CACGAGCGUUUGAAAUUCAUUCUCAUAACAACUGUCUGAACGUACGUUCGAAUUCGAUUUUCGAAAUUCAAAAUGAAAUUCUUCCGUGUUUUGUUUUUCUUUUUCACGUGCCUGAUGGCGAUGGCGAGCAAUGUUUCGGCGGCGCCUGGCCUUGGGAAAGAACUGGAAAAGAUUGGACAGAAUAUCCGUGAUGGUAUCAUCAAGGCAGGGCCAGCCGUGGAUAUCAUCCGUGACGCGCAGAAAAUCUACCAUGGGAAAUAUGAUGAUGAUGACGAUGACAAAUAAAAUAUAUUUUAGGUCGUAAGAGA